AUGGCGGCGACGAACGAUCAGCUGCUCGAAUACCGAGCAAAUCUCACGGAUGCGAUCGAGAAUGAGCCCAUCAACUCGAAUACCAAGCUGGUCGCGCUCCACCAGCCCGAUCUGGGUACCGACAAGGGUCAGACGCUGCACGCCCUGACUGGUGUCGCAUACCCGCCAGAGCCCAUUUCCAUCGUAACCCCCAACGGCAAGACAUUCCCUCCAGAAGAUAUGGACGGGGGAUGGCUUUUGCCAAAGUACGAGAUCUUCGUCACAUUCCGCAGACUGUUGACGGCUCCUGUCCUCAGACUCGAGGUGUUCUGGGACGAUAUUAGAGCACAAGCGCCAGACGCACCGGCAGUUUUGCAAAUAGCACUCGACUUUCACCUCAACGCCAUCGAUGAUGGAACUCCUGGUAUCACCGACUUGUCCAAGAUCAAAACUAUGGGAAACUCUGGACCACGCGACGAGAUACGGUUCACCUCUUUCGGCGCUACAUCUGAAGGUCUUCCAAAUGCGCUGAAAUACCAAGCACUCCUCGGACAUCAUGGCCUCGAACUCCUCAGAGUGCUUCAAGGCUUCCUUGAUCCCUCAGACGGACAGCGCAUCCGUCUCGCCUUUCGCCGACUCUUGAGCCCGCUCGACUUUACUUUCGCUCGCAUCCUGCCUUACAUCACUGGUCCGGACAGACUCCCGUCGCUCUCAGUGCCUGAAUGGAGUGCCCUCCUACCGUUGCGAGUCGAUCGCGACUUAGGCGAGCUCAUCGACUCAACUCCAUAUCCCAUGGUUCCCUUCGACUCUAGCGAUACAUAUGCGACGGUCACGGAUGCUGCUGUGGAGUUAUAUGAGUCGUCACGAGUUGCAGCCCUUGAGCAAGAGGUCGCACUGCGAGAAUGGGCUUCUGUACGGCAUUCUGGCGUUGUCUACGAGGUUGGUGGAGUCGUGGUAAUGGCUGUUCGAUUCUCACCCUUUCGUCCGCUCGGCGGUAUUGGAGGCAUCGUCCAAUUCUCUCUACCAGACCGUCUCCACACGAAGAUGAGCUGGACUGAUCCUAUGACUGGCACUCAGUUCACGAUGCAACCAGCAAACCAUUGCUGUGUACCUGUCAGACUCCCACCAUAUGACGCACUCUUUGUCCUCACUGAGCCAUCUCCUGAGCUACGGAACGCUUGUAUCAAGCCAUCUCCCGUGCUCGACAGCAAAUUCCUCACACAAGUGGAAUUCACUCCAAAGAUCACGCAAUUCACCCUCAAGAGCCAGCUCAGCACGGCGGUGAACCUUCAACAUCCAGACGCAUCCCGAUGGCACCAGAUUAUCUUGAACCAAAGUCAUGAGUUCGAAAUCGUCGACCUGGCCACCAAGCGAGCAGCCGAAAUCCCCGAACCGGUCGAAGCAGCAGUACACGAAGCUUUUCAGAAGAUGCUUGCGUGGAGAGAAUGGAAUCCAGAGCAAUUGGCUGCACUACAGAGAGUUCGAUCGACUCUGGGAGGUAUCAUGUUGAUUACUGGGCCUGCAGGCACUGGAAAGACUUUGGUCCUCCAGGCCAUCACUGCGUUCCUUUACGCCAUUGGUCUCCAUGUCCUCGUGCUUUGCCCUUCCAACACCAACUGCGCCGACUUCAUGCACAAGCUCAAGGAGCAUUUCCCUCAAGUGAUGGCGACUCGCGUUUUCCCGUCGUCGACAGAUUUCAGUGCGGAAAAGAUCAUGAAACAGAAGAGCAACGAAGAACAGGUCGAGUGUGGAAUGCCGUGCACCGAUGCCGGAAGCGACAUGGAGACACCAAGUCCAGACUCGGCGGCUGAUGCGGUCGAUGUACUUGGCUUGGAGAUGAUCCGAGCAGACCUACAAUCGACAGCCGACAAGUACGCCGACGAAGAAAGCUCCUUACCGGCGCAGGUAUUGAGGGCCGCGCGAGAAGGCAAAUACUCUCUCAAGCAAGGAUCGGGCGAGAUCGACAUAUGGUACGAGCUGCGUCAAUGCAUCGAGAAGAGUGACUCUGGCGAGUUCAACUGGCUCGACAAGAAUGCCGUGAAAGCCUAUGACAAGUUCUACCAAGCCUGUAAGGCACACUACAUGGGCCGUCAGAGACUGGUCUGCACAACGACAGGCAACUGCAGGUCGUCGGAUAUCGUCGACAACUAUGCCCGCGACAGGUAUGAUGUGGAAUGUCAAGGUCUGUGCAUCGUCAUCGACGAAGCCGCGAAGGACAGGGAGAUCGAUACUUUGUCGGCGCUCUUGAUUCCAGACUAUCGGAACAAGAUCACGGGCGUGAUCAUGCUUGGCGACGAGCGACAGCUAGAGCCCACGAACACUUCAGCCAAGGGUUCUGUCACAUUCAAUCCCUUCAUCGACAGACUGAGUGUACCAUUCCUCACCAGACUCAAGCGCCAAGGCUUUCCUUGCGUGGAGUUGAAGGAGCAGCACCGGAUGUCUUGCCACAUUAGCUCCUGGCCAUCGGCUGAAUUCUAUCCACACGGCGCUAUGCGCGAUGGACCUGGCACCUCCAAGCGUCUGAAGUCCUGUCAACCAGGCUUAUUCGCUUGCCUGAAGGAUAUUCUGGACAGCAUCGGGUCCCCCACUCAAUCUUCCGAGCUUGAAGAAGACAAGAGGAUCAGAGUGCAGUAUCUGAACGUGUUAGGCACUCGCGACUUGUCGAAGCGCUCUGCCUUCGUUCGUGAACAUCCACGAUUCUUCUUCGAGCAUAUCUAUUGGCCGUUGCUAGCAUACUACGGCGAAAACAUGCAGGAGAACGUGAUGGUGAUUUGUGCGUACAAGGGAGCGAAGAACUGCUGGCUUGAAGCAAUGGGCCAUCUCCAACAGAAGCACCACAUUCCCACGAAGCAAAUGCCCAAGAUCCUCACCAUUGAUUCCAGCCAAGGCUCUGAGGCCCCAAUCACCAUCAUCGACUGCUCUGUCCAGGGCUACACCUACAAGACUCGCCGUAGAGAUAUUGGCUUUGUUGACGACCCUCGUCGAAUGAACGUGGCAUUCACUCGUGCUCGCGAGGUUCGGUGGAUCAUCGGUGGACAUUGUGGCACCAUCACGAAGCGCAGCCGUGGGUUGCUAGGUACACCGGCGUACGUUCGCUAUCGAGAACAGGUGGAGGGCUCAUCGCAGGCAACUAAUGCACCGAGCGGCCCGCCCAUCACGAAGGCUGACGAGGGACGUUGGCUGGACGAGUUGAAGAAGAAGGAAGUAGAGCUGGAGGUUCGGUAUGCUGACGAAGUUGCAGAGUGA